AUGGCGCCAAGCAAGCAAGAGUUGCUGGAGCGGGUGGCGCACCUAGUGCCAGACUUGGCACCCACCAAGUACAAGGGGCAGGCAGGCAAGAUAGCAGUGGUGGGCGGAUGCCGGGAGUACACCGGCGCGCCCUUCUUCGCGUCCAUGGCAGCACUCAAGGCGAGUCUUCCGUGGCAUUGGGUGGCGUCCUGCUGUCUCCGCUCCUCCCCGCAGAUUGGGGCCGACCUGUCUCACGUGUUCUGCACCGAGGGCGCCGCCACCGUCAUCAAAGGCUACAGCCCCGAGCUCAUCGUGCACCCCUACCUGCCCGAUGGGCGAGGGAGCCAGGAGCCGGGGCCGCAGGUGCGGGAGGCGGUGGCGGCAAUCGAGCCCUGGCUGGACCGUUUUGAUGCGGUGCUGGUGGGGCCGGGCCUGGGGCGGGACCCGCUGAUCCUCUUCACUGUGGCAGAGGUGAUGCGGGCUGUGCGGCGGCGGGGCGUGCCCAUGGUGGUUGAUGCUGAUGGGCUGUGGCUGGUCAACCAGGACCCCUCGCUGGUGGCGGGCUACCGCAACGCAGUGCUGACCCCCAACAAAGUGGAGUUCCAGCGGCUGGCAGACAAGCUGGGGGUGGAUGCAGGCAGCGAGGAUGCUCUGCAGAGGAUUUGCCAUAGCCUGGAUGGCCCGGUGGUUGUGCGCAAGGGGGCGGUAGACGCGGUGGGGGAUGGGCGGCAGGGCGAUGUGCUGUCUGGGUGCAUCGCCACUUUUGCCGCCUGGGCGCAGCGAGCCGGCGGCACCAGCAAGGAGCAGCUGCAUGCGGGCGACGGCGUGGGAGGGAGCGGCACGGGGGUGCCGCCGCUGCUGGUGGCGGCGUACGCCGGCUGCAUCACCACCAGGCGAGCCUCGCAGCGGGCGUUUGCCAGGCAGCGGCGAUCCAUGGGCGCCACAGACCUGCUGGCGGAGCUGGGGGCGGUGGCGGAUGAGCUAGCAGAGGAGGGGUGAGGCAGCCGCCUGCCUGGCAUGGGCGCCCAUCCAUUACUGAUGUAAGGCUGUUCGUCUCUGUAAGGUUACACCCACA